UGGGGCAUAAUAGGUCCCCUUCAAAACAUCUGAGAAACAUUACUCUUCUUGUCUCUUUCUAACCUUCUGAUGAAACACUGUUUAUAAAUUUGUAUUUUUGUCACUCUGACUGUAGGCAAUUCUCAAGUAUGUUUAGGACUGAAAGUGACCAGCCUAGGGGCAAAAAACCUUUCUCUUUGGCCAAACCUGUCAAUGUGAAAAAGACAGAUUUUCAAAUAGAUGUUCUCUCCAAACAAACCCUGUUUACUCCAAAAAAAGAUGAAGACCUAGAACUUUUACAUGCUGGGCUUGGGAAAAGGCUGUUAAGUUUUCCAGACAAUUUUAAACACAGUGAGAUUGUCACACUGCUUGAGGAAGAAUUUCCUAAAUUAAAAACUCUUCAGGGGGGCUGGAUGUUUUACAAAUCUACAGGAAAUAGUGGGCGGCGUAAGCUAACUUUAAUUCCCACUGACUCUGAUGGAUACUCAACUCGGCUCCUGAAGUCAGUGUCGAAAAAUGGGAAGAACAUGCUCUUUGCAGUUCCACUACAAGAGCAGCUUUCCAUUGAACCACUUCCCUAUGAUGCUGUGGAGUUUGCAAAGAUGCCACUGUCAAACUGUAUGAAAUGUGGCAAGAAAAUACCACUGCCAUUGUUGCCCUUGCACAUUGAAGAGUGCAACACAACUGAGACUGAAUCUGUAAAUGAUAUGAUUUUGCAUGAGGAACAUGAUGAUGAAAUUGUUAGUGGAGCCACUGACCAGCCAAGCCCACUUUACACAGAAUUAGAAGAACCAUCUGAGAUUUGUCCCAUUUGCCAGAUUUCUUUCCCAGCCGAUGUCUUGCCAUAUCAUGCAAGCAUGUGUGGUGAAGGAGAAAGGAGUUUCAGUGACAGUGAUUCUCCAAGUACUUCUACAAGACAUGAACUACCAGGACCCUCAACGGCACAAUCAUACACAUCACUAUCAGCAGCAUGGAAAUAUGAAACUGACCCUCUGAAAGCAUCUCAAAUGUUCCGUGCGGAAUUGCUUUCCGAAAAUAGGUUCUGUCCAUCUAUGUCACUAAUGAUCAACCAGUUUGAUACUGUGGACGAGCAGGACAGAACACUGAUUUCAUUUUAUAAAAAGAACAGUACUAACUGGUCAGCUCCAUUGAUAUGUAGUUUGAUAGGAGAUGAAGCUGUUGGCACAGGAGUCAAUCGUCAUAUCUUUUCAAUGAUUAUGCAAAAACUGUAGACUGGCUUCUCUUUAAAUUUGGGUAUGUAAUCAGUUGCAAUUCUAUUUCACAAACACACUCUUAUAUAAAAUAUGAUCGUGAAAGUAGCUACAACAUGCGUGAGUUGUUGUCCCGCUUCAUGUUUGUCACCAAUGAACUGUAUGAAAUGUAAGCUGUAGGUGUGGAGUGAAGCGGGUGCGUUAAAUCAUUUUAAUGUGUUAUUGAUCCAUAAAUAACUAAUUAAAUUAAUGUGUUAAAUCAACAUCCCCCCCUCCCUACACACUGAUUUGCCAGGAGGUCACCUGUUAUAGAUGGACUCAAACCAAUCAAUCUGCUACCAACAAUUUUGGACGACUGAUCAUUGAAAUCACUUUUUUUCUCAUCCUGAUGGUUGCAAACAUUAACUGAAGCUCCUGGUAGUGUUGUAGUCAAGAUCACCUAAACCGAGACCAAGUCGAGACCAAAACCAUUGAGUGUCGAGACCCUUUGGGGGGUUGAGACCAUGACAAGAUCAAGACCAAGGCAAGUCGAUACCGAAUCAAGACCAAGAUCAGACUAGCACUACUCAAAUUCAUCUGAAAGAUCCACAUUUACUGCCUGAGAAAUGUCUUAUUUUUAAUCAAUAUUUACAAUUAGAAGUAAAGCUGCAAGCAGCGAUGAAAGGGCCCUCGCACGCGGGCUCACUACCACCCGGUGGCCUUAGGAAAACAGUGAAUAGUGGUCGACCUGUAUGUUAGCGAGUAAAUACAUAAAUACAAGAGAAUUAUGGCAAAGUCAUUUCAAAGUGCCACACUUCCUGCUGCCAACAGGUGGCGCUUUGACUGUAAUGAAUAAGCUAAGGUUUAUGUUUUUCUGAAGGUUCUGCUGCCACAACCCUUUUUGAGGGAGAAAAAAACCACCGUGUCCCAUCUGCAUCUGUUCUACUACGUGACAGCAACCUAUUCCAAAUGGCUGGUCGAAUGAUAGGUCAUUCUUUUGUACAUGGAGGUCCUUGUCUUUCUGGACUGAGCUUACCGGUGGUAAUACUUCUAACUGGAGGAAGUGCUGAUAGUGCGGCUUCAGCUCUGACACUGCAGGAUUGCCCCGACUUAGACCACCGGGAAACCAUUCGUUUGCUCAAGAAAACAAAACUCACUGAAGAAGAAAGGACUAGAUUGUCUGAACUUUGCCUUUUCUGGGAUCUCCCUGUUCCGUCUUCCACUAAUUGUGACUGGCUGUUUCAACAGCUGUUGUCACAUGCAGUACUUGGACGUGUUAAAAGCCAGAUUAAGGAUUUGAGAAAAGGUAUCAAAGAAACUGGUAUCUGGCCACUUCUAUUCCAGAGACACGACAUUCAACACAUAGUUUUCCCAAGGGAUUCAGUUAUGGACAUUACAUCACAGACAGUCCUUCAAAAAAUUGAAUGGCCAAAGGACAAUGACUCUAUUUCUGUUGAGACAAAGUGCGUCAUCACGAGCUAUAUGCGAAGGUUCAUUGAAGAAGCACCACCAAACAUGCUGAGUGACCUAAUGAAGUUCUGGGUGGGAUGGGAGGUGCCAGAAGAAGACCUGGUUUUGGAAGUGGUGACUGCCAGAUACCCUGUUGCACACACGUGUUUCAAAAGCUUGAGCCUUCCCUGUCACUAUCAGAGCUAUGCCGCAUUCAAAAUGGAUAUGGUAAUGUGCCUACAAUCUGUAAAUAGUGGAUUUGGUCUCGUUUAACUAGCAAGAGAUAACUGGGGGUAGUGUGUUUGAUGAACUUCUUAUAUGCCUCUUUAAAAGAUGAUAGUAAUGUUCUUCAACUAAAUAAAGGAUUUAGCCAAAUUUAACAAGAGUUAUUAAAAAAAAAAAAAAAAAAGACAAGAGGCUUAUGUAUUUUAACGUUUAACCAAAUUUAUUUUCCAGUUGGUAUACAUUUGUAUAUACAUGUCUUUUAAAGGGGUCAUGAAUUGAGAAAUCAACUUUACCUUCAGCUUUUGAUAUAUAAGAGCUCAUCGUACUAUAAGAAUAUCCUGUAAGUUUCAGAACUGAAAACUGAAAACUUAGUCCAAUAAAAGCUUUUAUUGACACCAGACCCAUUGAACGACUGAUCCUGGAAUGUGUCUAUAGAUAGAUGAAACUCCGCCUCCACAGAAGAAAUCAACGCCUACUUCAUCAUUGCAACAUUAGCCCCGCCCACUGGUGUGUUAGUGAGAUGAGGAGGAGAGAAGAGCGAUACAGGACUAAAAUAACAUUACCUUUCAA